UUGGGGUAGUGGGAAGAAUUUUGAAACUUGAUUGGUUCUUCUCGAAUCCUACCCUUGUGGAUCUUUGUAUCCUUCGUGGAUUUAAAUACCCGUGAUUUUCUCGUGAUCAUCAUUCUCUGGUUUUCUUCUUGUCGCGACAAGUGAAAGUAAAAGUGAAGAAAGAAAAUGGCUUUCGUUGUCAAAGAUGGAGAAGUCAAACUUAUCGAGGAGGUCAUUGUCCAGGAGGACGCUUCAUCUGGGGAACAGGCUGUUUCAUUGGAGGAAACUCUUGCGGAUCCGUUAUCCGUCGAGGUGGAUCCGUUAGGGGUCCCAUCAGUCAUAUUUAAAGAAGAUCAAUGGUUAUGCUGUCCUGAACCCACUGGGAUGAAUCCAGAGGUUCAAUCCAUAGUGGAGGAGUUGCUGGUUCAAAAUCAGCGGUUGAUACAAUUACAGCAACAACAACAACAGCAGCCGAUCGACUUAUCGGCGUCAGGGGACCAGGCGGUUGAAGAGCCGGUCCCUUCGACGUCAUCGGGGGACGUCGAAUUGCGACGAUUGUUGACCCAGCCGGCUCGUCCCAAGUCGACGUACAGUCGUUGGGUGCGCUGCCCAGCUCCUGAAGGGAUACAGGCAACUCCUAGGAUUCCUCAGGUAUGUAUAUCAAACGUUCCAUAA